GGGUUUAAAGGCAGGCCAUGUGUGCAGACUCAGGUGGUGCAGUCAUCUUCAGUCUUGCUGCUCUUUGAGUUUCAUCUCGUCAGGAUCCUUACUGCUACAGGAUGAAGUUGGCCUUAGCUCUCAUUCUUGCACUCCAGGUGUCGCUGUGCCUGUGUGAGGUGGCAGACCCCCCUGAGGAGCUUGUGAAAAAGUACGAAGGUUUAAAGACCACAUUCCUCAAAAGGGCAGCUAAUGCCUAUGCGUUUCUCCAUACAUUCUUUGAGAACCUGCUCGAGAACACGAUCACAGGGGGGAAGAUCAAGGAGCUCGGAGAGGCUGCAAAGGGGAACGAUAGGCUGCAAGCUAUUUCUAAGCUGGCCCACGCUGUGUUCGAGGAAAUGCAGCCUGGUAUUGAAAAGGCACGUCUGAAAGCUCUUGGUGCAUACAGCGAAUACCUGCGUCCCUACAUCGGUACUUACCUGGACACUGUCAUCAACAACGCCAAACCCGUCCUGGACUCAAUUGUGCCUGCAGAAUAGAAUUAAAAUCAAAGGACAUGACCUCCAGCUACUUUUCCUGCAUCUCUGUGCUGUGCUGCUUGAGACGCUUUAGCUUUACCUAUUCAGUUCUCAAUUAAAAAAAAAAAAAAAAAUCUGAUAGAUGUGCAAUCUGUCACAGCCUUAACAGGGAUAUUGUUACAGCAGAAGCAAUAACGAUGGGUUAGGUAGUCAUGUUUCUUGCAAAGCCGCUGUGCAGGUGUAGAUCAUAGGCUUGUACUGUACAUAACUGUAUAUUAUGAUACUCUCCUGUACAUGCAGAAAAAAAUGUCUGUGCAGCAUUAAUAAAACAAAUAAAUAAAUAAAAACAACAA